GGGAGAAAACGGACCAAUCACCGUUUGAUAGCAUACGAGGGGCACGCAUUCUACGCUUUCUCUGGCAAGAAUGUUAGUUCCUGCUCUUCCCUGGCCGUUUCCUGUAAUCGUACAGUGUUGUGAGACGGAGAAAGCCAUGUGUGUCGAUGCAAAGCUGUUCACUUAAAAGUUGAGAAGAACUGGACUGCGACUAUUUAUCUUCCAUCUCGGAGUCUUUUUAACACUGUGCCUGUCUCCCUGUGUGGAGUGGGCAACAUGGCAGACCCCAUCAUGGACCUAUUUGAGGACACACCGCUGUUUAACCUCGACGCCCUGCCGGAUGAUACCUUCUCUCAGGGCUCCUCAGACCCCGUGGAGGAGGCCCUUAAGUUGGCGCUGGGCCAUGUGGACCCACCAACCGAGACUGAGCUCACGGUCAACGCAGGGCUUGGUGUUUCUGUAGCAGCUCCCGCCAUCCCAGACCCUGCCCCCGUUUUUGUCCCCACACAGCAGCCAGUGCCAGUGGCGACUGCUCAGACUGUUUCCAUAGCUGUAGCCCCAGUCCCUGCCCCGGUUGAUACUAUACCUCAGAUCCAGGCCCAUACCACCAUACCCAUUGUCACCACCGUGGCCACCAGUAGCAAUGUCCUGCUGAGCUCACCUCUGACUGUUUCCAGCUCCCCACUCACCACCGCCACCACGCAGCAGCUCACACAGAUAACUCAUCAGCUCACUCCGCAGCAGUUAGCUGCCAUCACACAGCAGGGCGGUGGUAAAAUUGUCAUUCUCAAAGGUCCCCAGGGUCAUGCCCAGGUGCUGCAGACUAUAUCAGGAGCCACAGGGCAGACCAGUGGAAAGGUCAUCCGUGUGUUGUCUGGCACUCCUAUUAAACCGGGCAUGUCCAUACUGCAGGGGGGGACCGUCUUGAAUCAGGCAAGCCCGGGACAAACUCAAGUCAAGGUGAGCGCUGCAGGGAUGCAGAGGCUGCUGCAGGCUUCUAACGGGCCAAUGAAACAGAUGCUGCUGACCUCCAUGCCCCAGCAGACACAAGGCCAGACAGUUCAGGUGCAAAUCCCUACCCAAGCACACCUGACUCAAGGCCAUACUCAAGUCCAAGUCCAGCCCCAGGCUACUCAGAUCCAUGUUCCAGGCCAGGUGCAGCUCCAGCCAGCCAUGCAGGCACAAUCACAGGGUGGCGAAGCAAAGCGGAUCACCCUGGUUCUCCAGCAGCCCUCACAGAUGGGCUCUGCUGCAGUAGCGGGUCAAGCUCAGCAGCAGAUCACACAAGUGCAGCAGCUUCAGACAGGGGGCCAGCAGCAGGUUUCAACUAGACUGGUGCUGGGGCAGCUCCCUGGAGGAAAACUGGUGCUUCAGGGAAGCCAACUAGCAGCCCUGACCCAGGCUCGAGCUGCAGGCCAAGCUGGAGGGCAGCCCAAAGUCCUCACAAUUCAGCUGCAGGUGCAGCAGCAGCCCAACCAACAAGGAGGAGUUAAGUACCAGCUGGUCUCAGGAACUGGCAAUACUGGCGGCCCACAGGUGUUGCAGAUCUCGCAGGGCCAAGGAGGACAGAGAGUUGCGGUGCCACUCAAAAUGCUUCUGCAGCCACAGACCAGCUCAGGAUCCUCGCUUGGCAGCACAGUCUCUGUGGUGAAGGUCAUCAACACGUCGGCAGCAGGCCCCUCCACUACAACCACCAUUCCGUCCCAGGCCAUCCGCAUCACCAAGGCUCCUGGCGAGCCUGCCUCUGUGCGACGAGUCGAGAUUCUGUGCAAGCAGGAGAAAGCAAACCGUAUUGUGGCUGAAGCUAUAGCACGGGCCAAAGCGCGCGGUGAGAAGAACCUUCCAAGAGUCCUGAACCAGGACGAGCUUCCAGCCACUCAGACCUCCCCAGAAUUGGGGGGCACUGUGACCGUGGUGUCUACUGCUAAGAAAAAGAGUGGCGGAGGAGGAAGCAAGAAGAAAAGUCCUGUAGCUGGAGGAGCGAUGCCCAAAACCACAGGAGGUUCAGACAAAAAGAGCAAAGUGAAGACCCCAGGAGCAACAACUGGAGUGUCUGGAGGCACAGUGAUACCUGGGGCUGGAAACAAGAGCAAAAGCAAGACUAAGACAAACACUAUUACUCUCGUGGGAGCCAAGAAAAGAAAGAGAAAUGCGUCCUCGGACCACUCUGAUGGGGAGUUGAGCCCUGCCUCACCUGCUGCGCUGGAUGAUGACCUGAUUACGAAGAGGCGCUCCAAUCGCGUAGUGAAGAGGAAGAAGUACACUGAGGACCUGGACAUCAAGAUAACGGAUGAUGAGGACGAGCAGGAAGAUGUGGAUGUUACUACGACCACGGCAGUUGUGCCCUCCAUCAGUGGCGGGACAGCAGCGCAGCUUAAACAGGAGCUGGAGCUGGAUGCUGACGGACAACCCAGCAUGCAGUUCUUUGUGGAAAACCCAAGUGAGGAAGAUGCUGCUAUUGUAGACAAAGUUCUGUCUUUGAGGUUAACCAAGAAGGAAGUGUGCCAGGGCCAGUACACCAAUGUUGAGGAAUUCUUUGUAAAAUACAAGAACUAUUCGUACUUGCACUGUGAGUGGGCCAGUUUGAAUCAGCUGGAGAAAGAUAAGAGGAUCCAUCAGAAGAUCAAGAGGUUCAAGAUCAAGCACGCACAGAUGAGGCACCUCUUCCAGGAGGAGGAGGAGGCUUUUAACCCAGACUACGUAGAGGUGGACAGGAUCCUGGACGUCUCCCACAGUGUGGACAAGGACAAUGGCGAGCCUGUUAUCUACUACUUGGUGAAGUGGUGCUCUCUGCCUUAUGAAGAUGCAACUUGGGAACUGAAGGAGGACGUGGACGAGGGCAAGGUCGAAGAAUUCAGCAAAAUCCUAAACAGACAACCUCGCCUGAAAAGAAUGCCACGGCCAUCUGCCAGUUCAUGGAAAAAGUUGGAGGAGACAAGAGAGUACAAGAAUUCCAACAUACUCAGAGAAUACCAGCUUGAAGGAGUCAACUGGCUGCUCUUCAACUGGUACAACAGGCAGAACUGUAUCCUGGCAGAUGAGAUGGGUCUGGGGAAGACCAUCCAGUCUAUCGCGCUGCUGUCUGAAGAGUACGAUGCUGGAGUCACAGGCCCGUUCCUGGUCAUUGCUCCCCUCUCUACCAUCACUAACUGGGAGAGGGAGUUCUGCACAUGGACCGACAUGAACGCCAUCGUCUACCACGGCAGCCUGGCCAGCCGACAGAUGAUCCAGCAGUAUGAGAUGUACUUCAAGGAUGACAAGGAGCACUUGAUCCCAGGUGCUUACAAGUUUGACGCCCUCAUCACAACAUUUGAGAUGGUGUUGUCUGACUGCCCAGAGCUGAGGGAGAUCUCCUGGCGCUGUGUGAUCAUUGACGAGGCUCAUCGCCUCAAGAAUCGUAACUGCAAGCUGUUAGACAGCUUGAAUAUGUUGGAUCUGGAACACAAGGUGUUGUUGACCGGCACUCCUCUGCAGAACACUGUGGAGGAACUCUUCAGCCUGCUUCAUUUCCUGGAGCCCACUCAGUUCUCUUCUGAGACUGAAUUCCUCAGAGACUUUGGAGACCUUAAAACAGAGGAACAGGUUCAGAAGCUGCAGGCCAUCUUGAAACCCAUGAUGUUAAGAAGGCUCAAAGAAGAUGUUGAGAAGAACUUGGCACCCAAACAGGAGACCAUCAUUGAGGUUGAGUUGACGGAUGUCCAGAAGAAGUACUACCGGGCCAUCCUGGAGAGGAACUUCACUUUCCUCAGUUUAGGUGCACACAGUAACAGCAAUGUCCCCAACCUGCUCAACACUAUGAUGGAGCUGCGCAAGUGCUGCAACCACCCCUACCUCAUCAAUGGCGCGGAGGAGAAGAUUGUGGCGGAGUUGCGGGAGGUGUAUGAUCCCAUGGCCUCCGACUUCCAUUUGCAGGCCCUGAUUCGGUCUGCCGGCAAACUGGUGCUACUGGACAAGCUGCUGCCGCGCCUCAAGGCUGGUGGCCACAAGGUGCUCAUCUUCUCCCAGAUGGUGCGCUGCUUAGACAUUCUGGAGGACUACCUCAUCAACAAGAGAUACCUUUAUGAGCGAAUCGAUGGCAGAGUCCGUGGGAACUUACGACAAGCUGCCAUCGACCGCUUCAGCAAGCCUGACUCGGACCGCUUUGUCUUCCUGCUGUGUACCCGUGCUGGCGGCCUGGGUAUUAACCUCACUGCUGCUGACACGUGUGUUAUAUUUGACUCUGACUGGAACCCUCAAAACGACCUGCAGGCUCAAGCACGUUGUCAUCGUAUUGGCCAGUCUAAGGCGGUCAAGGUCUACCGUCUGAUCACUAGGAACUCUUAUGAGAGGGAGAUGCUGGAUAAAGCAAGUCUGAAGCUUGGCCUGGACCGUGCCGUCCUGCAGAGCAUGAGUGGAAACAAAGAAGGCACCGUCAACGGGCAGGUCCAGCAGUUCUCCAAGAAGGAGAUUGAGGACCUUCUGAGGAAGGGAGCCUACGCUGCCAUCAUGGAUGAGAAUGAUGAAGGCAGUCGCUUCUGCGAGGAGGACAUCGACCAGAUCCUUCAGCGAAGAGCCACCACCAUCACCAUCGAGAACGAGGGCAAGGGCUCCACGUUCUCCAAGGCCAGCUUCGUGGCCUCUGAGAACCGCAAUGACAUUGCCCUCGACGACCCCGAAUUCUGGCAGAAAUGGGCCAAGAGAGCCGACAUAGACAUGGACACCAUGAACAGAAAGAACACCCUCGUGAUCGACACUCCCAGAGUCCGCAAGCAGACUCGCCAGUUCUCCAGUUUACGAGGUGAAGGUGGAGACCUGUCUGAUCCAGACAGCGACGAUGAGUAUCCACCGGCCAAUUCCAGACAGUCGCGGGCCUCCCGGCGCUCCGACCGCCACAGUGGAGGGGGCUACGGCCGCACCGACUGUUUCCGGGUGGAGAAACACCUGCUCGUCUAUGGUUGGGGUCGCUGGAAGGACAUCUUGUCCCACGCAAGAUGUAAGCGGCGUCUGAGUGAACGCGACGUGGAGACCAUCUGCCGUGUCAUCCUGGUCUUUUGUCUGCUCCACUACCGUGGAGAUGAGAACAUCAAGAGUUUCAUCUGGGAGCUCAUCACACCGCCGGAGAACGGCCGCGAACCCCAAACGCUACUCAACCACUCUGGCCUGUCUAUCCCUGUUCCAAGAGGCAGGAAGGGUAAGAGGGUAAAGGCCCAGAGCACGUUUGAUGUUCAGAAGGUGGAGUGGAUCCGCAAGUACAACCCUGACACCCUGCUUCUGGACGACAGCUACCGCAAGCACCUCAAGCACCAGUGCAACAAGGUGUUGCUGAGGGUGCGUAUGCUCUACUACCUGAAACAGGAGGUGAUUGGAGAACAUGCAGACGCUGUCCUGAAAGGGGCUGACGGCAGGGAUGUUGAUAUCUGGAUGCCUGAGAUGGAGCAGCAGGAGUUCCCUGCAGGAUGGUGGGAUACUGAGGCGGAUCGCUCACUGCUUGCUGGUGUUUUCAAACAUGGUUAUGAGAUGUACACCACUAUGCGUGCUGAUCCCUGCCUCUGCUUCCUGGAGAGAGCUGGUCGGCCUGACGACAAGGCCAUUGAUGCCGAGCAGCACACUGGUGAUGCAGAGUUGGGAGACGAUGCCGACUAUGAUAAAUACUCAGAGGACCCGGAGUUCAAGCCUGCGUCAAGACACGCCAAAGAUCUUUUCGAUGAGGUUUGAUCCGUCUCUGUGGACGAUGAGAUUUCAGUGGAAGACAAGUUGGGGCCAGUGAUCACAGCAGAAAGCUUUUCCAACCACAGUGGUGCGUGUGACUGGCCCUCCAGCUCAUCGCUGACAGCGCGGUUGCGGCGGCUGAUUACAGCCUACCAACGCAGCUACAGGCAGGAGCAGCUGAAGAUCGAAGCAGAGGCAAAGGGCGACCGCAGGCGCAGGCGCUGUGAACAGGCCAGCAAGCUGAAGGAGAUUGCACGGCAGGAGCGCCAGCAGAGGUGGACACGUAGAGAAGAAUGCGACUUCUACCGCGUGGUAUCGACUUUUGGUGUGGAAAAGAUAAAAAAGGAGCCAGGUCUCCCUGACAGAGGAGAUCCUGAUUUUGACUGGAACCGCUUCCGUACCUUUGCUCGUCUGGAUAAAAAAACGGACGAGAGCCUCAGUCGAUACUUCCGCUCUUUUGUUGCCAUGUGCCGGAGAGUUUGCCACCUGCGCACAGGCCGUGGUGAAGAUUCAGUUGAGCACUCCCAGACUGUGGCCCCCAUCACUGAGGAGCGUGCUUCCCGUACUCUUUACCGUAUUAGCCUCCUGCGUCGCCUCCGUGAGCGAGUGCUGCCCCACCCAUCGCUGGAGGAGCGUCUGCCUCUGGCUCCGACCAGCUCCGAGCUGCCCGCUUGGUGGAAUAUGCCAGAACACGAUCGUCAGCUGAUGCUAGGCUCCGCCCUGCACGGCGUCAGCCGCACGGAGCUCUCCAUCUAUUCAGACCCACAGUUCACCUUCAGUCAGGCUCGGGAUGAGUUCACCCUGAACCAGCAGGCCGCUCCACCUCCACCUCAGGCAUCGGCCAUCAUGCCCAUCAUGCCUCUCAUGCCUCUCAUGCCCCUCAUGCCCCUCAUGCCCCUCAGUCAGCCGAAGACUGAGGAGGAUGUGCCUGGUGUGAAGGAGGAGGUAGCUGAAGAGGACGUCCGGUUGCUUGCAAGUGAAAUCAGUGCUGACCUGCAGAGUACGCCCUUGAGUCACCAUGAUGGCAAGGCACGAGGGCAGGCCUGGAGCCUCAAGAGGAGCAGGGGGAGGGCCGGAAAAACAGGAGGAAGGAAGGGAGAGGGGGGGUCGGAUUCAGAUUCUGAGUCUGAUUCAGGCUCAUCGUCAUCUGGGCGAUCGGGCAGCAGCGAUGAAAGUGGAGAGAGUGAGGAAGAGGUGGAGAGAGCUCGCAUGAAGAUGUGUGACGUGGAUGAAGACAAUAGUUUACUCUCCAUGACUACAUCUCAGGACGGCCUUCUUCCUCCCGAUCCUCUCAGAGUGGAUUGGCCCAAGGACCGUGUGUUGAUCAACCGUCUGGACAGUUUGUGUACGCUGACGCUGACCGGUCAGUGGCCCUCAGGGCGGCGCUACAUGCCUGAGGCUCAGCUCGCCCCGAGCUCAGAGCUGGCGGGAGACGAGAUGGCCUACACAAGGGUUAUCCGUAAACCCGGAGGCACGCCUGGUGGCCCUGGGGAAGAAGGAGAAGAUGGAGAGUUCACUGUGAAGCUCCUGAAGGAGGAGGGGUUGAAGCUGACCUUCUCUAAGCAGGCCAUGAUGCCCAACGGAUCAGGGGGAGAGGGCAGUGGCCGCAAGAGGCGCAAGGACCAAGACUUAUCAGACCCAGAUGGACUCAAUGAUCCACUGGAGCGUACUCCUCGGCGCAGGGACCCCCCCACCUGGUUGAAGGAGAACCCAGAUUAUGAGGUGGAGGGAGACAUGCUGGAGCUUCUUGUGAACAGGAGCAAGAGGAAGAGGAGGAGGAGGGCAGAUAAAGCCCUGACAGGCAGUGAGAAGGUCAAAGUCAUUAACAUGAGGACAGGAAAAAAGGUUGGAGCUGCUUUCUGUCCGAUGCUGCAAGACCUGAGGGAAUAUCUUGAGGGGAAUCCUGAUAAUGCUGUCGCGUCCGACUGGUCUGAGACUGUUCGGAACUCUGGCUUCCUGCCCGAGACCCUCUUCCACCGACUGCUGACCGAGCACUCCGAUAUCCCGAAAAAAAGCCGACGCCGGCACCAUCACCACCACCAUCACCAUCACCACACUCCGGAGCCCACCCCCGAAGAUCCAAACUUGGACGGAGUUGAAGAGGAGACCCUGGUCUCAGACGGAGCCUACAUGAUGGACGAGGAGGACCUGGAGACCUCCCACCACUUCCUCACUAGUCCGGACUUUGACGUUAAAAUGGAAGGCGGCGACAGCCUUUCCCAAGGUGACUAUGACAGCUCGGAUCAAGAGGCGCUAUUGGACGAUGUCAUCAUAGCACAGAAGGACUCCGACUCCUCAUCAAGCUCAGAGGAUUGACUGAACACAUCUGACUUAGUCCCCUUCUCAACAAUGAAUCAUGUUAUUCCUCGUCAUUUAUUUUUACCAUAUUAUGUAUCAAAUUUUGGAUGAAUGUGUUUUUUUUUUUGUUGUUACUUUUAUUCAUUUAUUUUAUAGAUUUCUUUUCCAAGAAAGGAGCAGGUUUGCACCCCAUCUGUUUUCUUUUUCAUCAUCACAAUUGUGUUCCAUCUUUUUCUCCUUGUUCCUCCUCUCUGACCUCUGACAAAAUGGCGAAAAGCUGAGCUUUCUUUCUUCACGACUCGUCAUUCUCCUCUUCCUCCAAACCUUUUUCUUUCCCAUGACAUUCCCAGCCAUGACCAAAAGGGGACCCCUGUUGUACAGAUGCCCUUUUUCUUAUCAAAUAACCUCAAUGCUAGUCCUCUAAGCGCUACAUGAAACUGGACAUGUCUACUGAGCAGAAGCCUGGAUCCAGAUCCCACAAUCCCCUGAUCUCGCUUGGUCAUAUCUUCUGUGUCCAGACGAGUCCGUGAACUAAAAGGGGAUCCAGUGCGUGGGUGUACUGUUAUUGUUUUCACUCUAUGGGAGGGGUGGGGGUUGAGAAGGAAAGUGGCGUAUUAGUUACUGAAGCAGUGCUAGGAGGAUGUGGGUGUAUUGUACAAUGUAGAGCUGGUCACUUGUGUACUAUGGUGCCAAGAUGACAGCAAUGAGUAACUAUUCUUGUUUUAUGAUCUGAGUGUAUUUGUGAAAUGAAUAACAGCAAUCUACAGUGAAAGCA